AUGGCGUGGCAGGUGAGCGUGUACGAGCUGGAGGCACGGCUGCAGUGCCCAAUCUGUCUGGAGGUCUUUGCCGAGCCACUGAUGCUGCAGUGCGGCCACUCCUACUGCCGGACCUGCCUGCUGGCCCUGUCCUGCCGCUCGGGCCCCGAGCUGCGCUGCCCCGUGUGUCGGCAGGUGGUAGACGGCAGCAGCUCCUCGCCCAACGUCUCACUGGCACGGGUUAUCGAGGCACUGCGGUGGCCCCGGGAGCUGGAGCCAGAGCCCAAAGUCUGCCCCCGCCACUGGAAUCCACUCAGCCUCUUCUGUGAGAAGGACCAGGAGCUCAUCUGUGGCCUCUGUGGCCUGCUGGGGCCCCACCAGCAGCACCGUGUUACGCCUGUGUCCACGGCUUAUAGCCGCAUGAAGGAGGAACUGGCUGCGCUGCUUUGCCACCUGAAGCAGGAACAGAAGGAAGUGGAGCAGCUCAUCGCCAGGCUGGUGAACAACAGGACAAGAGUCGUGAAUGAAUCUGACGUGUUCAGCUGGGUGAUCCGGCGGGAGUUCCAGGAGCUGCAGCACCUGAUAGACGAGGAGAAGGCACGCUGCCUCGGUGGGGUGGAGGCCCAUACCCGAGGCUUGUUGGCCUCCCUCGACUCACAGCUAGAGCGUGCGCAGGCCACGAGGGAGCGGCUGGGCCAGGCUGAGCGGGCACUGGAGCAGUUCAGUAAUGAAGGCCACCACGAGUUCAUCCGGAAGUACCACUCGUUGGCCUCCAGGUAA